AUGGCGUUGCUGUAGGAUGGUUCUACGAAAGACGGCGCGUGGAUCCUCUCAGGCUUCUAUCUGAUUCGUCUGAUCUUAUCGCAGUCGGUGAUGUUAGAUGUUCGUCGAUGCCAAACCGUAGAAGAAAGUGAUGUUAGAUGAUAGCGUGUAGCGGAAUAAAAAAAAAUCAGUAAAGACAACAGACAGAGUGACGCGGAGCAAGAUGACUCCUAUAGCGGAAACAGCUGUUUUAUGCUAAGAAACCUAAAGCGAGUAAAUAAUAAAUUAGCCACAAAGCAGCAAGAACCGAUGUUUCGUAUAAACUGAGACUCAUUAGUAGAUAAACAUUUUGUAAAUUCAUCAUCGAGCUUCAUUAAUUCAAAUAUUCAAUUGCAAGGACAAUUCGCGAUUCUUACGCGAGUCUCCAUUUAAUGAAUGACAAUUUCACGUGAUCUUGAAAAUUGGAAUUUCACGUGAUCUUGAAAAUUGGAAUUUCACGUGAUUAGAAAAUUGAAAAUUUUGUUUACGUAAAAUGCUACAAACUUCGUUUUAAUUACAUAGAGGAAUACCGACGAUAAUUAUAUGCAGCGAUAAGUGAUUACUAUUAUAACUAUGGAUGUAGUAACUACUAGUUUAGAAGCUCUCAUACAAAGAGCUACAAAUCCACAAAAUCAGAAGCCAGACAUAGCAGCUAUUGAAGCAUUCUGCGUGAUGCUUACCAAAGAAUCGGAAGGUAUACAGAUAGGCACAAAAUUAUUGGCAACGCAUAUUCAAUCGCUUAAUGAGUCGGAAGCACUGCAAGCACUUUCAUUACUAGAUACUUGCAUGAAAAGAUGUGGUCCAUUAUUUCAUGCUGAAAUUGGUAAAUUCCGUUUUCUCAAUGAGAUGAUCAAACUUGUCUCGCCGAAAUAUUUAGGUACUCGCACUACAGCAAGUGUAAGGCAAAAAGUAUUGCAACUUCUUUAUACAUGGAUCAGAGAAUAUCCUCGUGAGUCAAAAAUAAAGGAGGCCUAUGAGAUGCUUAAAAAACAAGGAGUCAUUGAGGAAGAUGCAGCAUUUAUAAUGGCUAAUAAUGAGGAAAGUCAAAAAUCAUCUAAAAUAAAGAAUAACAUCUUUGAAAAUGAAGAGAUGUCAAGGCAUUUGCGCAAGUUACUUCAUAGUAAAGAUCCUUAUGAUCUGCAAACUGCAAAUCGAUUAAUCAAGGUUAUGGUGAAAGAGGAUGAAGAAAGACUGCAGUUAAACUCGCGAAGAAGUAUGGAAUUAGAAUCAGUGCACAACAAUGUAAAACUUUUGUCAGAAAUGCUGGAUUCAUAUAAUCGGAAUGAAACUAGUACAGAGGAUCUCGAAUUGAUGAAGGAGUUACAUCAAGCGUGCGAGCGAUUGAAACCUAUUUUGUUACGGCUGGCUAGUGAGACCCAGGGUGAUGUUGAAAUGCUUGGUGAUGUGCUGACUGCCAGUGACGAAUUGAAUCAAGUCUUCGAAAAAUAUACAUCCGUUAUUGUUCUCGGGCAAUCUUCCAAAUCUUCCGCGACAGAAUCUUCUAAACCAAUCUUUAAUAAUGGAUCAUCUCUCUUGGACUUAUCGUCUCCUACUGAGAAUAUUCCCUGUGAGAACACGACGCAGAGCACAACGUCGACAGAUCAUCGUUCAGAUAUGGACAUGUUGGGAGAUAUUUUCAAUGUCUUGGAGAAACCAGUCAAAUCCGACACAAAUUUCUUGAUGCCGAAUGCCAUCAUGCAACCAAUCAGUAUUUCGCCUAUGAACAAGAAAAACGAAGUUACCAACACUGGCGAGGAAAAGAUAGAUAGUAAAGCAAAAGCAUUGGAAGAAUUGAAUGAAUUGGGAGAAGCUUUACUUAAGCAAAGCUUGUCAGGCACAAUUGCUCGUUCGUCACAAGGGAAAGUCAAUAAUAAUAUUAUAAAAAAUCAAAGCACCAGUGAUUCUGUUCGAAAACAAAAUUGGUCCCAUGAAACUAGCAAUAAUAUAUCUCAGCACAUCGUGACGGAACAAUCAGAUACAAAGAAAUGCGAGUCAAAUAGUAAUUUUGAUAUUUCAACAGCUUCAAAUUCAUCAAAAACUAACGUGACCGCUAAUCUGUCGUGCAAUAAAAAUAUUAAUUUAGAAAAUACGGAAACGGGCACACAGCAGCAGCUAGAAGUAACGCAGUUACUUAACGGCGCAUCAACAAUAGCAGACACCGAGGCUGGAAUCAAACCAUUAACUGAUAUUAUUGUAAAUCUUGAAGAUAUUAAGCCAGGUAUAAAUCCACCUUUAACAGUAAUCGAGGAAAGAAAUGGUAUAAGUGUAGUGCUCCACUUUGCUCAGGACAGUCCCAGGCCAGAUGUAUCUGUAGUAGUAAUUACUACGAUGAGCAAAAACGCAAAACCACUUAAUAAUUAUUUAUUUCAAGCAGUUGUACCUAAGAAAUGCAAGUGCAGAUUGCAACCACCUUCUGGAACAAAAUUGCCAGCACAUAAUCCAUUCCUUCCACCAUCCGCAAUCACACAAAUUAUGCUGAUUGCAAAUCCUUUCAAGGAGUCUGUAUAUCUAAAGUUUAUGCUCAGCUACACGAUGGACGAUGAAACAUUUACAGAAAUGGGUGAAGUCGACAGAUUGCCUCAUCUAUGAUCUAGUAUAACUAUGAUAUGAUUUUGAUGCACUUGUAUUCAUCGUGUUCUCGGUAAGUCGAGAAUAAUAUGAGAAAUAUUCCAAUUACUGCGAUUCAAUUAUUCAUAUGUGCAAUUAUAAAAUUGUUAGAUAUUCUUUACACUUUAAUCUUAGAAUGCGAUAAAAAAUUAAAUCAUAUUCUUAACUUAUUGGAGAGACAAACGACCAGCUUGUUUUUAAUUUUCUUCUCAGUCUUAUUCUAAUAGCACAUACAUAAAAUGAAAAUAUCAUUUUGAUCAUAAGCAUUUUCAUUUUACGCAUUCCUCACUAUAGCAAAUGUGAAAGUGCGGAAAUUUCAAAAAAGGCUGAAUCGAUCGAGAAGUAUUACAAAUAUAAAAGAGUUGAUUGUAACAAUUUAACAGUUUGAUUGUAACAAUUUAAACAAUUUAAUUUGAAGAUGAUCUUAUAAUUUUACACUACUAUUCCAAAUAGGAAUAAAGAGGAAAAAAACAAAAAAUGUAAUAAAUCUUACAUAAAAAGAACUAUGUUUAUAGGGAACAGUUUCUCAUAAUAUGUCAAAACUAUAUAAAUAAAUAAGACCAGAUUGCGAGUAGAAUUACAUAAGUUUCAAGUGACGUUAUUUGAACGUAAUUUAUUAUAGUUUUUGUUGAAAGGUAUAAUGUUAAAAAAUAUAUGAUUUAAUCGAUUUCUUUUAUUUUAAGAUCAUUAAAAUCGAAUAUUUCCUCUAUUUUAACAUGUGUACACUUAAAUAUGAAUAGUGGAAAAGAAAAGUUUAAAGAGAAAUGAAACUGACUUAACAACUAGACUACUUUAGACUACUUUAGACUAAACAAAAAGCUAGAAUAGAGGAAAUCGAUUAUAUAAUAAUGGUCAUAUUUCUUGACUCAGAUCUAAGAGAUAUUAUCUUAUUGCAUGAAUGUUGUAAGAGAAAACUGAUUAAUGAAACACAAUUAUGGAUGGAAAGCGGAUGAAUAUCACUUAGUGUAAUAUUCAUUAUAUUGCAAAAAAUAAUGUGAAAUAUAAUAAUAU